CUUGAUGGGAGAUUCAGAGACAGACUGAAGCUGGACAAACAAACUGGAUCUCUGACCAUCACAAACAUCACAACUGAACAAGCUGGAGAUUAUAAACUACUGAUCAACAGUGUGGAAAAGAGUUUCAUUCUCCAUGUUUUUGAAAUGGUGUCAGUGAAGGAGGGAGAUUCAGUCACUCUAAACUCUGAUCUUACUGAAAUUAAAUAUGAUGAGGAGAUUCUGUGGUGGUUUGAAGACACUUUAAUAGUUGAAAUCAAUAAACGGGUCGACAGAUUUCACUGUAUAUGCUGAUGUUCUUGAUGGGAGAUUCAGAGACAGACUGAAGCUGGACAAACAAACUGGAUCUCUGACCAUCACAAACAUCACAGAUGAACAUGAUGGAUCUUAUGCACUAGAGAACAACAUUGUGAGAAAGAUUUUCAUUCUCCAUGUUUUUGGAUGGAAGACAGUGACAGUGAAGGAGGGAGAUUCAGUCACUCUAAACUCUGAUCUUACUGAAAUGAAGGAUGAUGAUGUGAUUCAGUGGAGGUUUGGAAACACUUUAAUAGCUGAAAUCGAUAACAACAGAUUCACUGUAUAUGAUGAUGUUCUUGAUGGGAGAUUCAGAGACAGACUGAAGCUGGACAAUCAAACUGUAUCUCUGACCAUCACAAACAUCACAACUGAACAUGAUGGAGAUUAUAAACUAAAGAUCAACAGUGUGAGAAAGUUUUUCAUUCUCCAUGUUUUUGAAAUGAAGUCACUGUUAGUGAAGGAGGGAGAUUCAGUCACUCUAAACUCUGAUCUUACUGAAAUGAAAGAUGAUGUGAUUCAGUGGAGGUUUGGAAACAUUUUAAUAGCUGAAAUCAAUAAACGGGCCGACAUAAUCACGGUAUAUGAUGAUGUUCUUGAUGGGAGAUUCAGAGACAGACUGAAGCUGGACAAUCAAACUGGAUCUCUGACCAUCACAAGCUUCACAACUGAACAUGCUGGAGAUUAUACACUAGAGAUCAACAGUGUGAGAAAGAAAAAGUUUGAAGUCUUUAUCCAUGGACGGAUGUCAGUGUCAGUGAAGGAGGGAUCUUAUACCACUCUAAACUCUGAUCUUACUGAAAUGAAGGAUGAUGAUGUGAUUCAGUGGAGGUUUGGAAACACUUUAAUAGCUGAAAUCAAUAACGACAGAAUAACUGUAUAUGAUAAUGUUCUUGAUGGGAGAUUCAGAGACAGACUGAAGCUGAAUUAUAAAACUGGAUCUCUGACCAUCACAUACACCACAGAUGAACAUGCUGGAUCUUAUGCACUAGAGAUCAACAGUGUGAGAAAGAAAAUGUUCAAUGUCUGUACCCUUGGACGGAUGUCAGUGUCAGCGUCAGUGUCGGAGGGAUCUUAUAUCACUCUAGACUCUGAUUAUACUGAAAUGAAAGAUGUUGAUGUGAUUCAGUGGAGGUUUGGAAAUGAAAGCACUUUAAUAGCUGAAAUCAAUAAAAGGGUUGACAGAAUCACUGUAUAUGAUGAUGUUCUUGAUGGGAGAUUCAGAGACAGACUGAAGCUGGACAAACAAACUGGAUCUCUGACCAUCACAGACAUCACAACUGAACAUGUUGGAUCUUAUACACUAGAGGUCAACAGUGUGAGAAAGAAAAAGUUCAAUGUCGAUAUAUUUGUCAUGUCAGUGACAGUGAAGGAGGGAGAUUCAGUCACUCUAAACUCUGAUCUUACUGAAAUGAAGGAUGAUGAUGUGAUUCAGUGGAGAUUUGGAAGCACUUUAAUAGCUGAAAUCAAUGUAACGGCCGACAGAUUCACUGUAUAUGAUGUUCUUGAUGGGAGAUUCAGAGACAGACUGAAGCUGGACAAUCAAACUGGAUCUCUGACCAUCACAAACAUCACAACUGAACAUGCUGGAGAUUAUAAACGAAAGAUCAACUUUAGGAACACUGAGUUCUUUCUCACUGUCUUUGAUGAAAUAUCAGUGUUGGAGGGAGAUUCAGUCACUCUAAACUCUGAUCUUACUGAAAUGAAGGAUGAUGAUGUGAUUCAGUGGAGGUUUGGAAACACUUUAAUAGCUGAAAUCAAUAAACGGGUUGACAGAAUCACUGUAUAUGAUGAUGUUCUUGAUGGGAGAUUCAGAGACAGACUGAAGCUGGACAAUCAAACUGGAUCUCUGACCAUCACAGACAUCACAACUGAAUAUGCUGGACAUUAUAAACUACUGAUGAGGGUUUCACAGAGAUACUCAUUAAAAGCAUUUAGUGUUUCUGUCUAUGACUCUGUCCACUGUUGUGGUCCUACUGAAGCUGUGAUCCGAUUGGUCCUCUCUGCUCUGGUGGGCGUGGCUACUGUCAUUCUUGUGGUUUAUGAAAUCAGAUCCAGAAGAGCUGAACAACAUCAAGCACAAAUUCACACAUCAGAAAGUAUUGAAAUCUGAAGCAGAAUUUUGAACUUUAAAGGUUCUUAAAGUAUUUAGUCAUAAUAAAUGCUAAUGAUUAUUAGAGCUUCUGCUGUCUCUCUUUCAGUGUCAGUUUUUAAAGAAAAUGUUAUUUGUGAGGUUUUAUUGUUUAUAUUUUUUAUAAGACACAAAUCUCACUUUACUACUACUGCUGUCCAUUUGUGUUUAUAUUUGCUUGUCUUUAUCAAUAAA